CUGAGAAAGCCGUGUGUGAAAUUUUUUCGUUCGUGUUCUUUUUUUUCGGAGCAAUUAAUUAAUUUAAGUAAUAACUUUCUUUCAGAUCGGACGUUCAGUUUGGAGUCGUAUCUGUUGUAAGUGAAUUGUUAAAGUUGAUGUGUAGAUGAGAUGAUAAGUUGUUUCUCGAUGCAAUGGCUGUUAAAUUUUUCUUUUCAUGCUACAAUUUUCUUCACUUUGUUACCAACUAGUGUAAUUCAUUUUGGUCUGUGUUUAGUUGUAAAUGAAGAACAGCUGAGGAUCAUGAGUAAUGGCUUGCCCCUAUUCUUGGAAGGGAAAGUGUGCAAAGGAUUCGGUAGAGGAUCCAAAGAGUUAGGAUGUCCUACAGCCAAUUUCGAUGACAAUGUAGAGAAACUAUUGCCUAAAGAGAUUAUCUCUGGUGUUUAUUUUGGCUGGGCUCAAGUGGAAGAAGGGCCUGUAUAUAAAAUGGUUAUGAGUAUAGGAUGGAAUCCGUUUUAUAAGAAUGUAAAACGAUCGAUUGAAACUCAUAUACUACACGAAUUCCCUCAAGAUUUUUACGACUCCACUUUGAAAGUUGUAAUACUAGAUUACAUAAGGCCGGAAUUAAAUUUCACGAGUAAAGAUGAAUUGAUGAAGCAAAUCAACGAUGACAUUGCUGAGGCAAAUCAGAAACUAGAUGAAUCAAGGUAUAGCACGUAUCAUAAUCACGAAUUCUUCAAUUUAAGCCUAUCCAAUCGUGAAGAGAAGGAUGGUCCCAAAGAUUCUGUUAAUGGUGUCCAAGCCAAGAUUUGAAGUUGAAUUCAAACUUCAUCGAAUGAUUUUUUACCAGCGUACUUAAACAAUUUACCAUGUAACUUUUCUUGAUCUCUGUAUAGAGGUUUGCAAUUCUCGCAUUAGUGAAACUAAGUGUGUUACAAUACAGAUCAUAGUUCCUGCACUUACACAUAUACAAGUACAUACGUAAUUUCUAUGCGAAUAUUUUGAUUUCAAAUUGACGAUUGAUUACCUACAUUUAGUACUCUUGUCGUGUACUGCGUGUGACAUUAUUUUGUAAUUUGAAAUUUCAUGGCGGUUGCUCAUAUUGGGGUUAUUUAUGGAUACAUAAUCUACAUAAUUAUGUAAUGCACCAAAAAAAAUGUUUACUUGUUGUCCCUUCAUUGUAUUUCUUUUAUGUGCUGUAUACGAUUCUGUUGAUGAAUAAUUAUUCUAAAUAAGAGCUAUCGUAUUGGUA